AUGCUGUGGACGACACUCGUAGCAUCUAUCGGGCUCACUACCCUCCCGUUGGCCACCAUCUAUCCCCAGACGCCAUCUGGAGAGCCAGUGGUCAUUGAGGGAGUGAGGAACAGCCUGCUGAACUACGAUGAAUACUUGGGUAUUCCCUUUGCAGCUCCUCCGGUGGGAGAUCUCCGUCUCGCAAACCCUCAAGACCCCACUUGGAACGUGACGACUUUCUCCGCUUCCUCUUACAGUCCCGCUUGUCUUCAAGCGCCUUCUGAGGCAAAUGAUGCUUAUGGGCAAUCUGAGGAUUGCUUGUAUCUCAAUGUCAUCACGCCAUUGGGCAUCGAUUACACUCAACAGAGCGUUCCGGUUAUGGUGUGGAUAUACGGUGGUGCCUUCACAUCGGGAACCGCUAGCAUCUACAACUCUACUGUUCUUAUGGCAACGGCUCAAGCGACCGACCGCCCAAUCAUCUUCGUCAGCAUCAAUUAUCGAUUAGGGGUGUUUGGAUUCCCGUAUGUCUGCAUUGCUUAUCGCCUUGAAGAUCGCUCAUAUGCAUGCAGGAGCGGGAAAGAGGUCGCUCAAGCUGGUAUCGCGAAUCUGGGGAUGAAGGACGUUAUCAAAUCUCUGGAAUGGGUUCAGGAACACAUCUGGGCGUUCGGAGGUGAUGCCGGUCAGGUCACAAUCGCUGGCCAGUCGGCAGGCGCUAUUUUGGUCUCCUUGCUGUACCUGCAACCUAAUCAGUCGUUGUUCAACUCCGCCAUUAUGGAGUCUGGUUCACAGUCCGUGGCUCCCAUCGCUCCCACUGCCGAGUUCUGGCAAGGCGCGUUUGAUCUCAUUCAGAACUACACCAAUUGCUCAGCCCCGGUCACUACCCAAAGCAAUACGAGCGUAUCCCGCAGAGACUCUACCGAUCUUCCACCUGAAAUCACAUGCCUGAAAUACGUACCUGCAGAGGAGCUACUCAAGGCUCAGCUGGCGGUCAAAAAUACCACUGAAUAUGGCGCCUCAUUCAUCUUUGCCCCGUCUAUCGAUGGAGACCUCAUCCCUGCCUCACCUCACGAACUGCUCGCCGAGGGCAAGUUCUCGAUGAAGCCUUUUAUCAGCGGCGACGUAUAUGACGAAGGAACGGCCUUUGUGCCGGCCGCUUACACCAACUACACCCAGCAAGAACUACCGUUCGUCAUCGAGAUUCUCCAGCCUAUCCCCGCAUCAAACGCUACCGUGCUUGAAGAGGUCGGAGAGUACUAUCCCAACAUCCCCGCACUGGGCUCACCGUUCGGAACUGGUAACGAGACGUUUGGCCUACCCCCUCAGUACAAGCAGCUGGCAGCUAUAUUCGGCGAUGCAACCUUCCAGGCAAACCGAAGAUGGUUCCUGGAUAAUGCUAAUCAGUACGGAUUGAAUGAAACCUGGUCAUACCUCUUCGGUCGAGCUGUACCAGGAACCCCGCCUAGGCUCGGUGUGCCUCACUCCUCCGAACUGCCCUAUGUCUUUGGUGCUCCUCAACUCCAGGCUCUAGGCGGUGGGCUCGCUGGACUGCCAUUCGGACAACCCAACUACACAAGCGGGGACGCCAUGCUCUCAAAGCAGGUCGUGGAUUACUGGAUCAACUUUGUCUACUAUCUCGACCCUAAUGGCGAUUACAGUGGCAAUGAAACGAUAUGGCCAACCUACACCGAGGAGAAGAACAUGCUCUUCAUGAACGUCUCCAACAUCACCGUCAUCCCGGACACUUACCGCGAGUCUCAAAUGGAUUUCUUCCUCAGCAAUCCAAAAACUUUCAACUAUAAGCGGUGGCUGGGUCUCGAGUGAUCGAUCCAGAGGCAAUAUCCUAAAUACCAUCAAGCAAACAUCAAGAACUCAUCAAGCAGUAUAAUUGCGUAGACAGGCAGAACGGAGAUGCAUCAUAUCGAAAAAGA